ACCUUCCAAAAUACCAUUUUGCACAACUCACCUUAAAAUCUUCUCAUUCAUAAAAUCAACACAACAGUCAAUAGAGAAAACGUUUCCCAGAAGACCACAAUGAAGAAGAUGCUUUCUGCUCAGAUGGCCACGACAUGUCUAAUUAUCGCUGUGGUCAUCUUUGACGUUAUGAAGCGCGAUUCCACAGUUGCAGUGGCCGCCGAAUUAUUAUCACUUGCAGUGGCCAUGGCUUUUAUGAUAAAGUUUUGGGUUCUUAAGAAGCAAAACGACAAGGUCUUCAUGAUCAAUGCAAGGGAUCUCUCUAUCACAUGGUCCGAUAACCCUGAAUAUUGGUCUUGGAUCCCUCUCCCAAACGAGAAACCCAACGAGGAAGUCGUUGAAGCCGCGCUGUUGGAUCAAGUUUGCUGGUUAGACGUGUCAGGAAAGUUCGACACAAAAGACCUGUCUCUAGGAAUAACGUACGAGGUGAUAUUCGUGGUUAAGCUAGAAGAUGAAGCUUAUGGAUGGGACUGGGCACCGGUUAAGCUGAAGUUGGUCGUGCCUAGUGGUAGUGAGACACCUCAAGAGCAGAGUGUGAGCUUUGUGGAACACAUUGGGAAGCAAUGGUUAGAUAUUUCGGCCGGUGAGUUCAUUAUGUCUAAGGAGAGCGUAGGAGAGAUCAGCUUCUCACUGUAUGAACACGAAGCCAAUAUGUGGAAGUCAGGGCUUAUAGUCAAAGGCGUUGUAAUUCGUUCUAAACACCAACUUUAAUGCAUUUUGUAUGCAUUAAUUUGAUUGCUUGCUGGUUAUAUGGAACGUGAAUAUUUUUACAGGUUUAUAUUGUGUAUCAAUACAGUAUAUAUAUAUUUUUGGGUUUAUUGGCAAAAUAGUACAUUUUCAAAACCUGUAAGUUUCUAAAAUAGUGUUUUAGUGUUUGUACAUUUUGUUACUUUUACCAUUUCCAAUAUCCAUCAAUUUUUUUAUGUCUUCA